UGUACAGGAUGAAUGAAUGAGGAUGUGGAUGAAGCUCCACCUAUCACCUGACUCACAUGUGACCAGGAAACUGGCUGUUUUUCUGCCUCGCUGAGACGACACACACACAUACACAUGCACACACACACACACACACACACACACACACACACACACACACACACACACACAAACCAAAAACAACUCUUCCCCUGAGAGAGGACUUCCACAGGAGGGAAUGCUGGAAUACCUUCCACUUCAAGCAGCUGCUGAAUCCACACACAGAGAGUUUUACCAGAAUAAAGACUCAAAGUGAAAGUAAGUCUCGGGGAACAGGGAGCGGCUGCUGCUGAGUUUACUGCGUCACUCACAGACAACAUGGCUUCCAGAUUAGAGGAAGAUUUCUGCUGUACUGUCUGCCAUGACAUCUUUAAAGAUCCUGUGGUCCUGUCAUGCAGCCACAGCUUCUGUAGAGACUGUGUGCAGAACUGGUGGACGGAGAAAGUCAUCAAAGAGUGUCCACUUUGUAAGAGAAGACAUUCAAGGGACAUACUUCCUCCUAACUUUGCUUUAAAGAACCUGUGUGAGAGUUUCCUACAGGAGAGAGGUCAUAGAUCUUCAGAGGCUCUCUGCAGUCUGCACUCUGAGAAAUUCAAACUCUUCUGUCUGGACCAUCAGCAGCCAGUGUGUGUCGUCUGCAGAGAUUCAAAAAUACACAAAAAACACAGUUUCAGACCCAUCGAUGAAGCUGCACGACAACACAAGAAGAAGCUUCAGAAAACUCUGCAGCCCUUAAAGAAGAAGUUAGAGACUUUUGAACGAAUUAAAGUGAAGUGUGAUCAAACAGCAGGACACCUGAAGGUCCAGGCCCGACGCACAGAGACGCAGAUUAAGGAGCAGUUUAAGAAGCUUCACCAGUUUCUAGAAGAGGAAGAGGAGGCCAGGAUGGCUGCACUGAGGGAGGAAGAGGAGCAGAAGAAGAAGACGAUGGAGGAGAAGAUGGAGGAUGUGAGCAGAGAGAUAGCAGCUCUUUCACACACAGUCAGAGCCACAGAGGAGGAGCUGAGAGCUGAAGACGUCUCCUUCCUGCACAACUACAAGGCUGCAGUGGAGAGGCUGCAGCGCCCCCUGCUGGAGGAUCCACAGCUGCCCUCAGGAGCUCUGAUAGACCAGGCCAAACACCUGGGCAACCUCAGAUUCAACAUCUGGAGCAAGAUGAAGGACAUGGUGUCGUACUCUCCUCUCAUCCUGGACCCAAACACUGCUGAUCCAGAACUCAUCCUGUCUGAAGAUCUGACCAGUGUGAGAGGAGGAGAGAGACAGGAACUUCCUGAUAAUCCAGAGAGGCUUAAUGGUUACAACUCUGUCCUGGGCUCUGAGGGCUUUAACUCAGGGACUCACAGCUGGGAUGUCCAGGUUGGAGAGAAUGCAAGCUGGCAACUGGGUGUGUCAGCAGAGUCUGUCCAGAGGAAGGGAAACAUACGGCCUGGAUUAUGGGCAAUAGAGUAUUAUGAAUGGUACUCAGCAUUGUCACCAUCAGGUCCAGACACUCGUCUCUGCCUGCAGAAGAAGCUCCAGAGGGUCAGAGUGAAUCUGGACUGGAACAGAGGAAAGCUGUCGUUCUCUGAUCCUGAGACUAACACACACAUACACACCUUCACGCACACUUUCACUGAGAGAAUGUUUCCAUACAUUUGCAAUUGGUAUAAACACACACUUAAGGUGUUACCAGUGAAGGUCUCUGUGACUGUAGAACAACAGAGAUAGAUGAUGAUGUUGAAGAUGAUGAUGAUGAUGAUGAUGAUGAAUUCGAUUUAUUUGUUUAACUAUGCAGACCUUCCUGCUAAGUGUCUGUUCCUUUCUCCCAAAUAGUUUCCAGUGAAGGCUUCUCAGAUGGUUGUUAGCCAGGUUAACCAUUAAAGAGAGAACUGGAGGAAUUACCCAGAAAUAUGUUCCUUUAAUGUUUGGUCAGUAGGCCUGCUGAUAUAUUCAUGUGUUUGAGUUUAUCAGGGAUCACUCGUAUAAUCUUGUGUUCAGGUCAGUGUGAUUCUGGUGUUGGGUUAUGGCUUUUCUUGUGUCAUGUUUUUGUCAAUAAAAUAACUGAAA